CUACAUUGUAUAGAGAUGUGGUAAAAGUUACACGUUUAUUUUAUAUUAGAAAUAGUUGCAUAGCUUUUAAUAAUACAAGAAAAAUGGAGUUUUGGAUUAUUUUAUCAGUGUUAGGAUUGCUAUUCCAGUCCGGUAUGUCAGCUAUCUGGUCGUGCAGAGAAGAUUCUGAAUGUUCCAGUCUUGUUGGCAGCGUCUGCAGGGACGGAUCUUGCUUGUGUCCUGCAGGACAACAAUCAGUACUUGGCGGAACUGUUUGUGCUGAAUUGGCGCCAUAUUUCUUCUCAACCUGCGUUGAGGAUCAUCAGUGUUUCAGAUUAUUCAACAACUACGAAUGUAGACGUAACGAAAACGCAACAGAAGGUGUUUGUGAUUGUAGAGAAGGUCACCAUUAUUUAUAUGGCAGAUGUUGGAAGACGUCCGACUUCGGAGAGACAUGUUCAAGGAAUGAAGAGUGUUUUGGUGUCAUUCGAGAUCCUUACAGUAUGAUUUGUAACACGACAUGCGUUUGCGCGGACGGUUAUUACUUGAGACAACGAGGUGAAUGUAGGAAACGAGGUCUUGCUGUUGGAGACGGUUGUGUUGUUAAUGAAGAUUGUCAGUUUACUAACGGAGCUUGCGACGUGACGACUUUUAGAUGUUAUAAUAUCAAUGAUGUUACCAACACAGAAGUAUUUGAAUUACAAAUUGACAGUUUUAACAAUAUAACGGACGUACCGGAACAAGAUGGCGGAUUGAUUACAUGUGAUGCUGACAACAGAUGUUCACAGCCAUAUGAGUGUUCGCCAUUCGGAAUCUGUAUAUGUCCAUUAGGUUAUUAUAUUGAAGGGAAUUCGACUUGCUUAGCUGAGCUCGCUUCACCGUCUACUGAAGAGCAAUGCGCAGGUCUGCUUGCGGUGGUUGUAGACGGAAUCUGUACCUGCCCACCUAACUUUUUCUUUGAUAGGAACAUGAGAGAUUGUAUACGAGUAACCCGUCGUUUCAACGAGUCCUGUGUUUCGGACAACAAUUGUCAUACAUUCGGUGCGGCGUCUCGCUGUGGACAACCACAAGAUCCUUGGGGUUUGAGGACAUGUGAAUGUAUCCCGGAAUACGCAGUGUGGGACGCAAGGAGAGAAAUGUGCAGACUAUUUGCUGGUCUUGGUGAAACAUGUGAAGUGGACAGCGAUUGUCUAGCUGGAGAGUUAGAGAUCCAGUGUGUUCAGAAUGAAAUUGGCCAGGGUUACUGCACUUGUCCUGAUGGAUUACAAGAAGUGGAUGGUCUUUGUCUUACUACAGGACUGGAACUAGGAGAUUCCUGUCAAGUGACAGCCGAGUGCACGGGCGCAGAGCACGCGGUCUGCGAGUCAGGCCUUUGUGUAUGCGGAGAUGGUUACCAACAAGAUGGGAACUUAUGUGCACCUGUGAUUGGUGGUACGUGUUUAUUGGAUGUUGACUGCGUGAUACCUGACACGACCUGUCAAAAUAACAACGGUAGUCAAACUUGUCAAUGUCGUGACGGCUUCGUUCAAUACGAUGACCAAUGCUGGCCAGAAUCUCUUACACAAGGCAGUGCUUGUAAUGUAACGGCACAAUGUACAUCAAAUUUGGGUGAAUUUAGUGCAUGUAUGGAUAAUCAAUGUGAAUGUAUGACUACAUUCCAUUACAAAGAUGGCAGAUGUUGGCCGAUGACAGGACUUUUCGAAUCGUGUAGCCGAAGCAGUGAAUGUUAUUUAGCGGAAAUAACGGACAGAGUGGUAUGCAGGAAUGGGCUAUGUCAAUGUAGUUUCGAAUUUCCAUAUUCAGAACAAUUAAACACAUGUACAUCAUCGGGCACAAGGUUUGCUGUCAGUUUCGCGACAAUUGCCAUUUCAUUGAUCUACGCUAUUUAUAAUUAAAAUUAAGAAAUUUUUAUUUAAAUUAUUAUUAAAAAAAAAACAUUCACAAAAAGAAAUCAGUGCUUGUCGAAAUAACUCUGUAUAUACGAAGAAUUUUUUGUGAACGAAAAAAAAAUUUUUUUUUUCGUAAAUCGCUCUUUGACCUGUAAUUUGUUGAACAUUAC